AUGAGUCAACUUAUCACUCAAGAGUUCGUGGAGGGAGAGUCCGGACCAUUGAUCUCCUAUGGAAUACCAGCGGCUCAAGCAUGCCACUACCACAUUGAAGCAACUUUGAACGGUAACAAGAUCUAUCUUCUAUGUUCGAAAUCUUUAGCAACCAACACGAACGUGGUUGAUCAGUUUCAGCGAGCGUUGGGCGAUAGAAUAGUUGGACUCCGAAUAGGGAUGAAGCCUCACACCUUGUGGUCCGAGGUUGUGGACAUUAUCAACAACGCGAGGCCUCUGAACGUUGAUGUCAUCAUUACCAUUGGAGCAGGCAGUCUGACUGAUGCAGCCAAAGUUAUCGCGUGGGGCUUAGCAAAUGAUGUUCGAACGGAAGAAGAUCUCGGACUUCUGGCGCACACCAACUCAGAAAGGAGCAUUGAAUUGAAGCCACCCUCGGUGAGACAUAUUGCCGUGCCAACAACACUAUCUGGAGGCGAAUACACAUCCUUUGCAGGAGCUACAGAUGACAAAACCAAGAUUAAGACACUAUUCCGUCCACCAACACAGAAUCCAACCGUUGUCGUCCUCGAUCCUGAGAUUGCAGCAACAACACCGAGCCGGUUGUUUCUUGGCACCGGUAUAAGGGCCGUCGAUCACUGUGUAGAGACAAUCUGUUCACUUGAAUCAAACGAGAAUGCGGACAUAGCAGCUAUGGAAGGGCUGAAACUACUAAUCCCGUCACUCCUCGCCUAUAAAAGAGAGCCGAGGGAUGAUACGGCCAUUAUGCGGGCAUUACUGGGAGCCGCCGAGUCGAUCAAGACUUCGCAUUAUGGUGUACCAAAGGGUGCCAGUCACGCCAUAGGACAUCAGUUAGGCCCACUUGGAGUGCCUCACGGCGAAACUAGUUGCAUCAUGCUGCCCGCUGUGUGUAGAUUCAACGCAUUGAAGGGGGCAAACGUUGAGCAGCAAGAUCAACUCGCUGAAGCGUUGUUGCGGAUAGUUGAAGUUAGUGAACUCAUGAAGGAUAGGACCUCUGAUCUUGCAGCGAUACUUGACUCUUUUAUCGCAGUUCUGGGCCUCCCUCGGACACUAAGCGAAGUUGGAAUUGGAAAAGUCGUCUUCGAAACCCUGGCUGAGAAUACACUUACUGACAUGUGGGCCAAGACAAACCCAGUGCCACUGAUGGAGAAACAGGAUGUUUUGGAAAUAUUGGAAUUAGCUCUAUAG